UUUUCCUACGAAACAAACAGAAGAGAGAGAAAGAAAAAAAAAAAAAAAAAAACAGAACGGCACAGCACCAGACAAAAACCAAAUUCCGUGGGUCUCACCUCGCCCGUACCUUCUCUUUGUUGUCACCCAAAAUCAGAACGCCAGAAGAGUUUCCCGAAUCGCGCAUUUCGACCCAUCUCUAAAAUUCCAUCAGAUCUCUGGUUUUGUGCGGCAUUGGUGUUGUGGCUCCGAUUCAUGGCCGGUGGAUACGAUUCCAAUCCUUUUGCGGAAGACGAAGUGAAUCCAUUUGCUGACCAGGCAGGUCGAGGGAAAGGUUCGGGUCAAUCAAAUUAUGGUGGAGGUGCAUUUUAUAUGACGAACCCGGGAAGUGUUCCCUCUGCUCCAACCUCAAGGCUAUCACCACUUCCUCAUGAACCUGCUGACUAUGAUCGCGGUGCCACGGUUGAUAUCCCGCUUGAUACUGCAGCGGAUUUGAAAAAGAAGGAGAAGGAACUCCAAGUAAAGGAGUCUGAAUUGAAGAAGAGAGAACAGGAACUGAAAAGGAGGGAGGAUGCGGCGGCACGAGCUGGAAUUGUGUUAGAGGACAAAAAUUGGCCGCCAUUCUUUCCCCUCAUUCAUCAUGAUAUUGCAAAUGAAAUUCCAAUCCAUUUACAGAAGUUGCAGUAUGUUGCAUUUACAACAUUGCUGGGCUUGGUAGGAUGUCUCACAUGGAACUUUAUAGCAGUUACCUUAGCCUGGAUUAAAGGAGAAGGCCCAACAAUUUGGUUCCUUGCUAUUAUCUACUUUAUAUCUGGAGUUCCAGGGGCCUAUGUAUUCUGGUACCGUCCUCUUUAUCGUGCUAUGAGGACUGAUAGUGCUUUGAGCUUUGGCUGGUUUUUCUUGAGUUAUGCGUUCCACAUUGCCUUCUGCGUCUUUGCUUCCGUUGCUCCUCCAAUUAUUUUCAAGGGGAAAUCUCUCACGGGAAUCUUGCCAGCAAUAGAUGUUUUGGGUGAUCAUGUUUUGGUUGGGACUUUUUACCUCAUUGGGUUUGGGCUUUUCAGCCUCGAGUCACUGAUCAGCAUGUGGGUUAUCCAGCAAGUAUACACAUAUUUCCGGGGCAGUGGUAAAGAAGCAGAGAUGAAGCGUGAAGCUGCAAGACGGGGCAUGAUGGCGGCACUAUGAUGUGACAGAUAGGACUGAAAAUGGAAUUUGUGGACAGAUUCUUUGAUUGGAUAAUGCGUAGAAAACUGAAAGUCUGAAACUCAUGUCACUAUUUUCAUGCACUUCUCAGUGUGUCAAGUGUGAAGGUGUUCGUAUGAUUACUUAACAUCUAUGUGAAGAAACAGAACCUUGAUAGACAAGGUUAGUUAGAAAAGAUACAUUUUAUAGUCAGUCACCAGACUCUUUGGGGCCAACCCUGAUACACACUGUCUUUGAGAUUCUAUAUUGAAUUCAUUGGUUUUCAGACCUUGCAUUGAAAUUAUGUUGUUAAAUCUGUUUCCCCUUGGAUUUUUGUGUCCUGACAAUAAAUGUAUAGGAGCUUUCUGUUGUUUUGAUGGAUCAAAGUAAAU